AUAAUAGAGAUUUCUCUACACUCCAGUACGUGGCGCCAUCUAACCAAUGUUUUUUAGAGUCUUUCAUGAUAGACAGUAGACCUAGACAGUCAAUGCACUAAAUAGAAUGUAACGUGACGCUAAUAAGGAAAGAAAAAAAAUCACAAUGUCGAAGAUAAAAAAACAGUCAACGAGAGAGCCAACAUAUACCGAGGAAGAUGUGGGAAAGGCUCUGGAAGCAAUAAAAACCGGCAUGUCAAUAAGGAAUGCAAGUAAAAUUUAUCAAAUUCCGAGGACGACACUUUUGUACAAACACACUGGUAAAUCGCCAAUAUCAGCGAAAAAAGGACCAGCACUAGUGCUAACAGACAAAGAGGAAAGUGAUCUCGUCUCAUGGUUCACAAUGAUUAGCGAAAAAGGAUUCACUCUCACCAAGCAACAAAUUUUGGACAGUGUACAAAUACUAGUGAAUAAAAUUGUAAAGAGAAAAACGCCAUUCAGCGAUGGUCGACCAGGUCGUCAUUGGUAUGAAAAAUUUAUUCGCCGCCAUUCCAAGUUAACGCGAACAAUCGAUGAAAAUACACGCGAAAGACGCUCAACAUUAAAUGAGGAAAAAUUGAAAAAUUGGUUCCAAGAGACGAAUAAACUUCUCGGGGAAAAACAACUCUUGAACGUUGAUCCAUCUCGAGUAUUCACUUGCGACGAGGCGGCUUUCUUUCUCCAUCCUGAGGCUGAUAAAAUUCUCAUACAACGUGGCUCGAAGGCAAUUAGUAAUUUAGGAAAAAGCAACGAUAGAGAAUGUUUAACGACAAUGUUCACUGUGAAUGCAAAUGGAAUGAUUGCACCACCGAUGGUCAUGUUUCGCUAUCAAAGAACACCGCAGAGUAUUAAAAGUAGUCUUCCCGAUAAUUGGGUGCAUGGAAAUUCGUCAAAUGGCUGGAUGACUGGCGAGACAUUCUACGAUUAUAUCGCCGAUACAUUCUAUCCUUGGCUCUUGGAAAAUCAAAUAGAACUACCAAUUAUUCUCUUCAUUGACAAGAGUUCGACAAAUUUGACAAUGUCAUUGUGUGAAUUUUGCGAGAGAAAUAAAAUUGAAUUGAUACCAUUGCAGGCGAAUGCAACGCACAUUAUACAGCCAUUGAUGGUGGGAUUUUUUCAACCAAUGAAAUUUGCCUGGAAGGAUAUUGUUAAACAAUGGAAUGAGGAGAAUUUUGGUAGAAAAUUUCGUAAGGAAGAUUUUUCAUCGGCUCUAAAGCAAACAAUGGAUUUUGUCUAUGACAAUGAUUUUUUACGUGCUGGUUUCAUGAGUUGUGGACUGUGUCCAUUUUCACUUGAAAGUAUUGAUUAUUCGACAAUUAAAAAUUUUGAUUCUUAUAAAGAAAAUCGUAUUUUUAUUGACUCAAAAUCAAUGUAUGAUAAUUAUGAUGAUAAUGGUGGUGAUUGUGAAAUUGAACAUGGCAAGUUUCUUCAACUUUUGGAGAAAUAUUUACCCGAUGAUAAAUUAACGAGUUUCAAGGAGAAUGAAGAUAAUCCACUUUGGAUUGGCGAUGAAAAAGAUACGAAUCUUUUCUAUUUUUGGUUAAAUGUUCGAACACUCGCCGAUAACGAGUAAAUAUAUUUUUUAUCGCAAUUUUUUUCUAUUUGAAUUUCAAGAAAAA